UUGUUUUGUUUGACGACUUUACGGCUGCUGUCAUCACUCAAAUUUUCAUGUUUGUGUUUUUUUGUUAAAUAUUUCUUAGGUUGUCUUAACUUUUAUUAAUAUUCAAAUUGCUUAAUGUUUAAGUGACCAGGAAACAAAGUGGUAAAUCUAUACAUCAAUUUACAACAAAUUUUCAUGAGUGACUCAUAGUCUUGUUUUUUAGUUUAUAUUUUUAAGUAGAUUUUUUUAAGGUAUCUAUUAUAAAAUUUCAUAAUGGAUUCAUCAUCGAAGAAAUCUUUGAACCAGAGGGAUUUGCACGCCAAAAAGCCCGCACCUUUGCCUCGUACUAAAUUAUUGACAGCGAAAGGAUUAACGCAAGUAAACCCUGACAAAUCAUCAAAAAUUGCUGACGUAAAAAGUGAAAAACCGAUUGAUGGACAAUAUAGAAACAUAGAAAUGUUUGAUCCUCUUUUAUAUCAAAGUGAAAUGGAAUUAUGUGGACAUACAAUUCAACAUUCACCAUUGAGUGAAUGUAUCGUGAGUAGAGAUGAUUUAGAAAAAGUGAAAUACAAUUCAAACGCAAUCCAGAGUACCACUCAGUUUACCAAUUCCUCUGUGCAUCAGUUAAUUAGUCCAUUACUGGAAAGACCUCAUAGUGUAUGUGAUCAGUCACGGUUAACAGAUGUCUCAAAAUGCCUGACUAACAGUACAGAAGAAUAUUUUAAUAAUCCUAGUGUUGCCAAAAUUGAGCAUAAUGAGGAUCAAGCAAAUAUUUUCGGAAAACCUGUAAUAAAAGUUAAGAUAUUUCCAAAAACACCUUCCAGAGAUUUAACACCUAGCAAAAUAACUAGCCAGAUAAGUGAAAAGAUAUUUGUUCCAUCAAAACCUCCAAAUGAUUUAAAUAAAACUAGCUCCAUAAAUAGUCCAUUUAAUACCGAAAAGGAUUUAAUGGAAGACAACACUUCUUGCCAUAACUCGACAACACAAGAUUAUGGCACAGAAAUGGAGGUGGAUUUUAAUAACUUUACUCUUAGCGAAUUUGAUCCACUUCACUUCAGAAAUCCAAGCAGUAAGUUUCAGGGUGUGAGUAACAGACAAAUUUUAGAUUCCAUUAUAAUUGAGGAUACAAAUGAUUUUGAACACUUACAUGAUAAUGAAAGCAAACAGAUUUGCAUUAGAGAGUACAAAAUCUCUAGACCUGAAGGUGAAGUAGUAACAAUAUCAGACCCAAAAGUUGUACAAUCGGAACCAAACUCAAAAAAUACGGUCUGGGUGAGAUCAGAACAACUUGAAUUACAGACAGAAUGUAUGACAAUGCAGAACUUGCAACAAGAUGCACAAAGAGUUGGAUGUGGUUCACCAAGUCCAGUAACUGAUGUUGCCUUAUCUCAAGUCAGUUUUGCUGAUAUGUCGGCAGCAGCUUCUGCUUUACAGAAUGAGGUUUUAGCUGUUACAUCUUGUAGUAGCCAAGACAGUGAAGUUCAUGUAAUUGAAGAUAUCAGGCCUUCAACAAGUAAACCCAAGAGUUCUACUAUAUCAAAAUUUAAAAAAUUAUUUGGUGUAGUGUCAGAACCAGAUUUAAAAACAUUGCAACGACCACCUAUAAAUAAUUAUGGUCCCCAUUUCAAUGGCAUCAUGACAUGGAUUGCAGAUGAUAAUUUAGUUUCUAUAUCAAAAUUAUUAUACUGUGCUUUGGCUGAGCAAAAAUUAUUUUGCUAUACUGAUUCGGCUAUGCAGGCUCUUAAAGAGGUGUACAAGCUUAACAAUGUAACUUCACUGCAAAUGGUGCUACCAGUAGAAUGCAGCAAUUGUUUAUAUUGCUUUGAGCUGGGCAUAUCAAAUUUAGAAUCUGGUAUAAAAAACAGCUUGAGAGUAAAAAUUACAUUUGGUUGUCCAACUUCUGCUGAAAGGCUUACUUGGGCUCAAAAAAUUGCUGCUAAUCUUACAUCUGCCUUUUCUUCCAUCAAUUACUCGGAAUUUACACGGAUAGGAUGGUGCUACUUAAAGGUAGGCGUCAGUGGUGAAUGGCUGGCAGCUUGGCUCUUACUAGCAGGAAGGGAGCUUAUGUACUAUUGUACUGAAGAUAUUGCUGAUAAUGUGGACUUAAGAAAAACUAGAUGUUUAGGUACACAGACUGCUGACGAGGAAUCAAAAAAGGCAUGCCCGUCUGACUGUUGUUCUAACUUGCUUCUGGAUUGUUCUGUCACUACUCUUUAUUUACGUUUCCCGCAUACUGAAGAGUUCCAGAACUGGAACUGUGUGAUAAGUCUCGCGGCGCACAGCAACGGCUUAGGACUCGAUGAACAACAACUCACUAAUGAAGAGGUUCCAACAAUCGUAGACAAAUGCAUUAACUUCAUUUAUGCAUACGGCGUUCUAUCAGAGGGCAUCUACCGUCGCGCCGGGAGUAGCGUCGUGCUGGGGGAGCUACUGACGCGAUUCCGGGCCGAUGCGUGGUCUGUACAGCUUACUCCUCAAAUCUACUCGGAACAUGACGUCGCUGGAGUAUUUAAACGUUUCUUCCGGGACUUGCCAACUCCAUUGAUCUCGAGAGAAUGUCACGACCGUUUGAUUAACGCAUUAGCGAUAGACGAUAAUUAUCGCCGACUCGAAGAAUACCAACGCGCGCUAGUUAGUUUGAGUCCAGUGUCCUGUAACACAGCUCGUAAACUCUUCGCACAUCUUAACUUCAUCCAUAAAUGGAAUGAAAUUAAUAAGAUGAAUGCCGAAAACCUCGCUGCAGUGUGGGCUCCUACCAUUAUGCCGCCUUGUGUGAAGAGUACUGGCCAACAAAUAUCAUGGUCAGAAAACGAGGUGACUGUGGUACGGGACAUAAUCGUAAAUUAUCAAACUGUUUGGUGCCCAGACGAAGAUGAAAUAAAACGGGAUCUAGCAUGCCAUCGCGUCAUCAUGAGGAUGCAAGAGUCUGCACGCCCGUUACCUCAGCCGAGCUCUGCUGGUGAUUUGCGUUUCUGGGUUUUCAUGGAUGAUAGCUCAAACCAUUUCCAAGUUUCACUCACACCAGACAAGACUAGUGCAGAUGUGUGCAAGGAACUAAGUGUGAAGACUAAUAUUCCUCAUCAUAAGCUUAUGUUAGAAGAACAAAUUUGUAACGGCAGCUUGAAACGGAUAGUUCACAAAGAUGAGAUCGUACUGGACGUCGUAACCCGAUGGGGAUACUGGGACGAUGAGGAUAGAAAGGAUAAUAACUUGGUUAUUAAAGAGAACAGAAUUCUAUGUCAAAUGGAUUUGUGCCAAAUGGAUUCUAUGUCAAAAAAUGGUAUUCAGGUUUGCGGUCAACUGCGUUAUGCCAAUGAUGCUACUAAAAAGUUUAAAUCUUAUGUAUUUGAAGUCAAUUCCUCCAAACUCUCCAGUUAUGCUGACUCCCAAGGUUCAUCCAAGGUGGAGGAAUGGGACAUUAAUGAUAUAAUCUGGUAUUUUGGACAUGAGGUCAAGAGAGAUCCGCAGUGCCGUUGGGCUAUUACAUUUAUUCCAAAAAAUAAAAAACGCAGGAGCAAGGACCAUCCGUACUUCGGUAGCACAAUAGCUGGCGGAGUGACUGAGUCGCAGCUGCAAUGGGCGACUGCGCUGAUGUUUGCUGAACAUGACACCAUAUUACCAAUGCCACACGAUUUCUUACAAUAAGUAUGUUUAUAUAUAACUAUUAUAGUACUUGCUAUAUUUUCUCCGAUACCAUAUUCCAUUAACUUAACAUUUAUAUUAUCUCGUAGAAUUAAUUGUAAUCUGUAAAAUUACGUGUAAAAUUAAGGUUAAUUUAAGAUUAAAUUUAAGCUUAAAUAAGUGUUAAUGUUUUCAAAUUUUAUUAAAUUUUUCUCAUUUUUUUGCUUAGUUUGUAAGUUUUUUUGGUAUCUUGGCAAGGAGAGGAUGCUAGAGGGAUUGCUUAGUGCUUGUACUUCUAAGGAUCUCAAACUUCGCAUUUGUCUUUUUAAAAUUUCGCUAUUUUUAAACUUCUCCAAAAUUUUCAUGUUUCGUGAAUACUAAGUUCUAAUGUAUCCUAAGUUUUCUACAGUUUGAUACUCUUAAUUUAUCCAGCUUUUAAUUUUACUUUUAAUUUGUCCAGCUUUUAUUUUACUUUUAAUUUA